CUUGUACCGCUUCUCGGUUCUCCGAGGCUCCGGCAGGUCCAUGCACUUCGACCGCUCUUAUCGAUUCAUUUUCCGAUAGGCAAACACAGGAUGGCGUAUGGAUAUCACCCGCUGUCGGAUACGAAUGGCGAUCAGGCAGCAAAUAGUACAGCCGAAAAUGAAGCGUCACAACCUCGCGAGAGAGAGGACGACGAGCUGACUCUGCGGCCGAUCCAAACGUCUUUCUCGACUUAUUCCCAACUAGACAGCAGAUCUACUUCGAAGAAAGAGAUCCUCGGCUGGCUCUCGUUUGCGUUUGCAACUGAGCCGUUCACAGUCGCUGCCGUCAGCGUCUAUCUUCCAAUACUGCUGGAGCAGUACGCGCGAGACAACUCGGUGUUGACCAGCGAUCACAGCGUCCUAUGCCAUUCCGAAUCGACAAACGAGGCAGGCGACGGUGGUGUUGUUCCGAUUCCUGGCGACUCCAGGUGCGUGGUGUCAGCGCUUGGAAUCUACGUUGACCCGGCGAGCUUCGCACUAUACACCUUCUCAAUAAGUGUCUUUCUGCAAGCAGUCGUCGUUAUUUCCAUGAGCGGUGCUGCCGACAGAGGACACUAUCGAAAACGGCUUCUACUAGCAUUUUCAUGUCUCGGAGGUAUAUCAGCCAUGUUGCUAAUAACAGCUGUGUCAAAAGCCUAUUACUUCGCUGCCUUCUUGACUAUUCUUGGGAACAUAUCUUUUGGUGCUGUAGCUGUCUGCGGAAAUGCGUUCUUGCCGGUGCUUGUCCGCAACCACCCAGACAUAAUGGAUAGCGACGGCGACAAUUAUUCCACCCUCGAAAGCCCGGCCGCUCGCGGCUCGACAUCCUCAAGUGUAACACUCGCGCGAACAGAGUCGUCCGAUUCACCAGUUCUACCGAAACCGGCUGGCACCGGACUGGGAAGCACAGAUCAAGAAGAAGGGCAGAUCUCGUUUGAGUCUUUCCCGCUUGAUACGGUGGAGCCUGAGUCUCGACAGUAUUUCGAUCAUCAGCUGAGCGACAGCGAAGCCGAAAAAGCAGCAGAAGUAUCCAGCAAGCUAAGCGGACUGGGAAUAGCUAGUGGAUACUUGUCUGCUUUUAUUGUACAGACUGUCGGAAUCAUAAUAGUGGCGGCCAUGGGCUCGAGUUCUUUAUCGAUCCGACUCGUCUUAUUUCUAAUAGGAGUGUGGUGGUUAGUAUUCACAAUUCCAGUCGCACUUUUCAUGCGCCCACGGCCGGGUCCGAAGAUGCAUAUGAACGGAAAAGACAGUGAACUGUAUCAAUACGUGGUCUAUGGCUGGCGCACAAUAUGGAAGACCGCAAAAGAAGUGCGCAAACUGCGCGACGUCGGACUCUAUCUUGCUGGCUGGUUUAUCUUGUCGGACAGUGCUACGACGAUCAAUGCGACUGCCAUCUUAUUUGCGCGCACAGAGCUUAAUAUGGCGCCAGCAGCGUUAGCGAUCGUGGGAAUUAUCACCAUGGUGUUUGGCAUGAUUGGUGCAGUUGUGUUUUCUAGAUAUGUUCAGCAGUAUCUGAUGAUCCCACCAAACAAGGUCAUUGUGAUCAUAGUCGCAGUGACGGCAUUAAUUCCAGCCUACGGUUUGUUAGGUUUCAUGACUGACAAGCUUGGACUACACCAUGCGUGGGAAAUCUAUCUCCUCGCAGCCGUCUACGGCAUGUCGCUGGGCGGAAUGAGUAGCGUAUGCCGAUCGGUCUUCUCAAUGCUGAUCCCUCCUGGAAAGGAAUCGACAUUCUUUUCCCUCUAUGCGGUAACCGACAAGGGCUCUUCAAUAGUGGGACCGACUGUAACUGCCAUGAUCACCGAUCGCACCCACAACAUUCGGUAUACAUUCUAUUUCUUGUUCUUGUUACUGCUUCUCUCCAUUCCCAUAUUCUAUUACAUGGACGUCGAGCGAGGGAAAAGAGAUGCGCAGCGAUUUAAUGAGAACACAGACGCAGAAGAAAGGACAGAAACUGGUAUCUGAAUGCAGGUUUUAGAGUCCUUUUUUGUUGCUGUUUCUUUAAGGUGUUGAUCAUUUGGUAGUGUAGCAGUUUUCAUCAUAUUUAGUCGCUUAUAUCGCGCUGGUCAUUUUGAAAGGGUUUAAAAGAUCUUUUGUACUUGUUCUACUAUCUAGCGGGUCAAAAUACAGAGGAAAGGUUGCCUUACUAGAUGUAGAGUGCGUGCACUGUCCCACAAUUAUCAUAUGUAGAGCUUGAAUCAAAGAUUUAAAAAAGAUAGCCCGAAGUAUCUGGCGAUUGAAUGGAUUACGCGUGGAAGUUAAAUACAUAAGCUUCUAUCUGAUCUAUGCGCUAGACGUUACGUGCAAUACGGGAGUUUCAGAGCUGAUGUUGCCUUGCAUCUCGAAAUAGAUACUACGCGGUAGAUACUUCUACGCAUUAUAGGCAGUUUUUAUAAUUAUACAAG